AUGCGGCCGCACCCCGAAGGGGUGCUGCCCGUCGGCAAUGCCUACCUGUUACCUCCCGAGGAGGCUGUCGCGUCGGCCAGAGCCAAACGCGACGGGCUCGGCGCGUUCGCGUCGCUCGACGAUGCGCUCAUCCUGCGCGUGCUCGCCGGCGGCGACGACGACGACGACGAAGGCGUCGGCCCCGACGCGUUGGCGUGCCUGGCGUGUUGCAGCCGCGCCGCGCGGGCGUUCGCGUACCACGAGGACCUGUGGAAGGCGGCGACGCUGCGCGCGGUGGGCGGGGAUUUUCGGUUCACCGGGGGCGCGUGGAGGCGCACGUACGCCCGGUGCGUCCGCGCGAUGCCGACGGAGGCGUCGUCGACGGAUGACGAUGAUUGCACCCGCGUCGGCGGCGGCGGUGCGGGGAGACGUCGCGACGCGCCCGUCGGCGGCGGCGACCGAUCGAAAACCCUCUUCUCGGACGCGCUCUACCUCCGCCACCUGGGCGCGCACCUCCCGCUGGAUCCCGAGUGGCUCGCGGUCGACUCGAUACCGCGCGUCGACGCGCGAGACACGAACCCCGCGCGUUUCGCGCGAGACUUUGAGAGCGUCAACCGCCCGGUCAUCGUCUCGGGGCUGUGCGCGGAUUGGCCCGCGACGAGGGGCGAAUGGACCCGCGACCGGCUCCUGGCGACGCACGGCGACGUUGAGUUCACCGUGGGCGGGUACCAGAUGCGUUUGCGCGACUUUUACGCCUACGGCGACGACGCGAGCGACGACCUGCCGCUGUACCUCUUCGACAAAAAGUUUUGCGAAAAGGCGCCCUCGCUCGCCGCCGGGUAUUCCCCGCCAAACAUCUUCGCCGACGAUCUCUUCGCCCUCCUCGGCGAACACGACAGGCCGGAUCACAGGUGGCUCAUCGUCGGGUGCGAACGGAGCGGCAGCGGGUUUCACAAGGAUCCAAACGCGACGAGCGCGUGGAACGCGGUUGUGACCGGGAGAAAAAAAUGGAUCCUCUUCGCGCCCGACGCCACCCCGCCCGGCGUGCACCCCAGCGCGGACGGCAGCGCGGUGGUGCAACCGGUGACGCUCGUGGAGUGGUACAUGAACUUUUACCGGCACGUGUACGAGACGGACGAGGACGACGAGAGCGAGACGGACGAGGACGACGGGGACGAGGAGGACGAGGACGAGGAGAAGGAUUCGGAGGUGAACCGUUCGUCCGUUCGUCGUCGUCGUCGUCGUCGUCGUCGUCGCGCGAACGCCGGCACGUCCAGCGACGCGCCCCCUCGCGUGAUGGAGGGGAUAUGCGGCCCAGGGGACGUGCUCUUCGUGCCCUCCGGUUGGUGGCACAUGGCGCUCAACCUCGAGGAAUGCGUGGCGGUUACCCAAAACUUUUGCUCGCCGAGGACUUUACCGAGGGUGCUUCGGUUCCUGCGAGACGCCGGCGAGUGCGCCGAGCUCGUGUCCGGCACGUGUCGCACCAGGCGCGGGAGUUUGUACGAGCGUUUCGUGGCGGUCCUCGCGGAGAAACGGCCGGAGGAGCUGGCGGCGGCGGAGAGGUACCUCGCGCUGGGAACGAGGGCGCCCGCAAGGUACGGCGGCGCCGGUGAAGCCGCAACCGAUGAAAGUUUCAAGUCCACGGAUCGAUCCUCGAACGGCGCGAUUGAGCACCACAUCGGACGCGACGAGAAACGGAGACGGGGGGAUCCGGGCGCCGCGAACGGUGCGGCGGGGUUCGACGUUGUUCGACGUUGUUCGACGCUGUCGGACGCGUUCAGGUCCGGCGAGGGUGGCAGCUUCUCGUUCAACUUUUAG